GCUGCUGAAGGAGAGGGCUACGAAUGUCCCUGCACAUGGAAACCCGGCGUGAAUCGCUGCUGGCUCGUCGACGAGUUGGAUCUGUGGAAUCCCGUACUCUCCACGGCCUUCGUUGAGCUGAUGGAGAUUAGGUGGGGCGAGCUCAGCCUGCACGGAUACGCCGCGGAAAAUCUCACUCCGACGCCACGUGAAAGCAUACUUCGAGUAUCUCUACUGAUUCAUCUCUUGCUGAAAAUACACAGGUGUAUCCAGCGUGUCGAGGUGGACACGAUUCUCACAAAACUCGAAGAAGCUGUUUUCUGGGACGCCGUUCACAAUUGUGCUGGUGUCCGCGACCACUUCGAGUUCCACAGCCCGCACAUCCACUUUUUUUGCAGGGAAUUUCCAGGAGAUUCCGUCCAAUGGGCACGCUCGAUUGCUACCCUGAAAGGUCUCCGCUCAUUGACCCUAGCGAAUAUGCGGCUCGACAAAGAAGUGGCCGAGAUCCUCGGGCGCUACCUGGCAGAGACCACGGCCCUUAACACAUUGAACUUGAGUCAAGUCGAGGAGGCUGGCGGUGACGGCAUCGUUACUCUCCUGAACUAUCUGGCUUCCAACCUCUCGGUGAAGUCCAUGGAAGUGACACGCGAAAUGCUCGAGGGUCAAGCAGGCGAAGCUCUUGCCGGCGUCGUGCGUAGGCACGUUGCUCUGAACAAACUGGAGAUCAACGGCUCGACUUUUGCUCAUCCGGAGGCCGUAUUGAAAGCUGCUGUUAAAAGCCCAAGCCUGAAGACGCUGAAUGUCAAUGAAUGCCGCCUCUCAACGAUGGACAUCCACAACAUGGCGAAGCCCUUCUAG